AUGGCUCGGGAUAUGUCAGAUAAGGAAAUCCUGAAAAUGGAGCUGGAACAGUUGAAAAAGGAAGUUAGCACACCUAGGACAGCAGUGAGUGCAAACUGCACAGACACUAUUACUUUUGUUGAGGGACUGCUACCAAAUGAUCCACUGAUCAAGGGCGUCCCAGAUGACAAGAACCCCUACAAGGGAGACAAGGGAGGCUGCGUAGUAACAUAG